GCCUCAAGGAAAGGUCAUUUCCUAGUUGAUGGAUUGGUUCGUUUUCACUUGUAAUAUGGCAGAUUUCUUGCAGGAGGAUAAGAAAAGCGGACGAAACAGUGACUUUUUCUUUUUUUGAAGUUGGAAUAAUCUUAAGGAAGAACCUGAAGCAGAAGUGAAGAAUCAAGUAGUGAAAUGCCAUAUUGCCUCUAAUCUUUAACUGGACAGCAAUACAUUCAUGAUUGUCUCCGCUUGGUACUCCUAUCUUGUGUUGCGAGAGACGCUUGUACGGAAGUGGCCGGUGGUUUACCGUUUUCUCAGGUAUUGCAUCAAUACCAUGGGAAACUCAUGUAUCAGUAAGGACCACAGACGAAGAACUCUGGAGCAUGGAGGCACCACGGAUGGGGGAAAUGGCAGCAGUAGUGGUGGAGGUGGUGGUGGUGGUGGACAUUAUUCUGAUUAUCCCUCCUCACAUAGCACACCAACAAAUCACAACUCAGAUCAGUCAGGACAGUCCCUGAAUGAGAACAGACAGGUUCGAGCUCAGGUCACCCCUUUGUACAUGCUGGCUUCCAGGGACAUGGCUGCCGCUCAACCUAGCUUUACCUCAGACAUUUCGCAUGUGCACAGUAGUGAUGAUGAGGAAAUGGAGCAUGUGAAUCAACUCAUGCUUAGGACGUUGCAAGUCAUUAGAACUCUUGUGGAUAAUGAACAAGAGCCACCAUAUGCCAUGCUGAGAUUACAUGAAAUAGCUGAAACUGAAAGUGGAUGGUCGAAGGUUGUCCAAGCAAUGAUUAGAGUGAUCCCCAUGGAUGACCCCCUUGGACCUGCUGUAAUCACCCUUCUUAUAGAUGAAUGCCCUCUUCCAACCAUGGAAACAGUUAAGAGAUUAUACAGAGCCCUUGGAAUAUCCGCCCAUCUAGCAGAGGAGGCAAAGUUAAAACCUCAGCGACAUCGGAACAUAGCAGCCGUCCUGGGCUGCAUUGCUGAGAAACUAGCUGGUCCAAAUAGUGUGUCCCUUCUUGUGCCAGAAAUCAUUGAGUACUUGCUUAGUUUACUGGUUGGCAAUGUACAUCCACAAAUAACAUUGUAUGCCCUAAUUGCCCUAGAGAAGUUUUCACAAACGAGUGAAAAUAAGCUUACCAUCAAGAAGGCUGGUAUUGCUGAGAAGCUCGUACCCCUUGUUCAGUGGGCUGAGAGUUCAGAUCUAGACCACAGACAAGUUGGAUUCUGUGCAAGAUGGUGCCUUGAUAAUGUCUUCUUUGUACCAGGAAGAUCACUGACCUAUGAAAUAAUCAAUCUUGAGGGACUCAAUGCAAUGCUGAAUGACAAUGAUGUCAGCGAGUACUUGAAAAUAUCUCCUAAUGGCCUCGAGGCAAGGAGCGAUGUUUUAUCAUUUGAGAGUGUCCGUUGUACAUUUUGUGUUGAUGAAGGUGUCUGGUAUUACGAGGUUAGAGUCAUUACCAAUGGUGUCAUGCAGAUAGGUUGGGCAACUAAAAACAGUAAAUUUCUCAAUCACGAAGGAUUUGGUAUAGGUGAUGAUGAGUUCUCUUUCUCUUAUGAUGGAUGCAGGCAGCUCUAUUGGUAUAAUGCUAAGAGCAGAACGCAUAGACAUCCACCUUGGAAAUCAGGUGAUGUUGUAGGUUUUCUAUUAGACCUUGAUAAGAAGUACAUGGCUUUCUCACUCAAUGGCAACAUCCUUCCUCCUGAAUGUGAAGUUUUCAAAUCAGCUCAGACAGGGUUUUUUGCUGCCGCUAGUUUCAUGUCCUUCCAACAAUGUGAGUUCAACUUUGGGAUGACCCCCUUCAAGUAUCCUCCAGCUGGUCCAUUUAAAACAUUCAAUGAAUAUGCCAAGCUCACUCCUGAAGAAAAACAGAUACUUCCAAGGCAUAAAAAGAUGGAGUUAAUUCACCAAAUGAGUAUCAGUGAUUCUGCGUGCAGCUUGUGCUUUGACAAAGAGGCAACUGUAACAUUCAAACCAUGUGGACACGGUGGCUUCUGCCCAUCCUGUGCAAUACAGCUAGAACAGUGCCCGCUGUGUCGUACUACCAUAGUGCAACGCCUCUGCAAUGAUGAUUCCACGAUAGGCGUGGAACCGGGCUCUUCCAGCAACCCAAACAACAAUGCAGCAGCAUCCUUAGAGACAGAGGAUUCAUGACAAAGGUGAAUUUGUGGGUCAGGCGAAAUUGUCUGGAGAAAUCAUGAACUACUGCAACAGCUUCAAGUUAGCACAUGAUCAUCUGUAUCACAUGAUCAUCUGCAUCACAUGGUCAUCUGUAUCACGUGAUCAUAUGAUCACCUGCAUCACAUGGUCAUCUGUAUCACAUGAUCAUAUGAUCACCUGCAUCACAUGGUCAUCUGUCACAUGAUCAUCUGUAUCAAAGAAUGAUAAGGUGAUCUACAUCAGCCAAAGUUGUCUAAAUCUUAAAAUUCUAUUCCUAUUAGCCCAUGGUAUUAGGGAUUAAUCAUGAGAUUAGCAAAGCCCAAUUCCUCUAGCCCAAGUGGGGUAAUUCAUGAUUGAGUAUGGAAUGUGACCUUUGGUAACCCUUAUUUAACAGGGGGGGGGUCAAUUUGACCCUAAACAAAUUUUGUCACUAUGCCGUCGCACAAUUUUUUUUACGACGCUUGCUGACAUUUUACUUUUAAGUCUUGCACAUCUUUUGAGACCAGAUAAGGGUAAU